AUGGAUGAAACAAAAGCAAGCUCCAAAAUGUUCACCAAAGCAAAAGCAAGCUCCCAUCUUCCCUCCAUUAGAAUCAUCUCAACCGCCCUCGUUCUCUUGCUUCUACUGCUUCUCACCCUUUCACAUUUCUAUUCAUCUGCUUCACCCUCUUACCUGUUCAGAAAAUGGCAAGGCGUGCCCUCUUCGAAGAACGACGAUUUAACUUCAAAGCUUCGAGACUCCGUCACAUUCCUCCCACUCAAAGACCUCCGGUUCUCCAAAACCGCCAUGGAAGGCAACACCUGGUUCAUGAGCUCGUUGACCGACACCCGCGAUGUCAACGAGUCCGAAUACCUCUACUUCCCUUCACAAGCAUCCAAGGGCAGAAUCCUCUGCAUCCAGGGAAGCAACGACAAGGACGGCACCAAGAAUUCAUACGCCCUCGCAUGGCCCGAAGCUCUCCCCGAAGCCGCGGAACUGACGAAAGGUUUGACCUUUGUCUCCGACAGUUACUACGACUAUGUGAAUCUCUGGCAUGGGCUCACAGCCAUGGCGCCUUUUGUCGGGUGGUCGAUGAAAAAUGGCUGCUUGAGACCUUCCAGGUGGGUGCUUUUCCACUGGGGAGAGAGGAGGGGGAAAAUGGGUUCGUGGCUUCAAAAGCUGAUGGAAGCCAACUUUGGAGAGGUGAAGAUCGAAGGGUUUGAAGGAGAUGAUGAAGGAGGAGGGAAAGCUCAGUGCUUUGAGAAGGCAGUGGUGAUGAGGCACAAUGUGGGCAGUAUGGGGAAGGAGAAGGAGCUUCAGGUUUUCGAGCAGCUGAGAUGCAGAGCACGCAGAUACUGUGGUUUGAAUCCGGCUGGGAAAGGAAGAAGGGAAGUCGACGAUGCGUCGAUCAGGUUGACAUUACUGUUGAGGAGAGGCUCGAGAUCGUUCAAGAAUGCGAGAGCUGUGACUGACGUGUUUGCCAAGGAAUGUGCAGAGGUUAGAGGUUGUGUUAUGAAGGUUGUUCAGUCCGAGGAAUUAACCACCUUCUGUGACCAGGUGAGGACGAUGACGGAGACAGACAUCGUGGCUUCGCCGCAUGGAGCUCAGCUGACGAACAUGCUGUUCAUGGACAGAGGCAGCAGCGUGAUGGAGUUCUUCCCCAAGGGAUGGUUCGAGCUUGCCGGCAUAGGUCAGUAUGUUUUCCAUUGGAUGGCUGAUCAAUCAGGAUUGAUCCACCAGGGGGCAUGGUGGGAGCCCAUGGCUAAGAAAGAAUGCCCUUCUCCUGAUAACGAGCUUGAAUGCUUCUUCUUCUACAAAGAUGGACAAGUGGGCCACAACGAAACAUAUUUCGGCGAAUGGGCGAGAAGGGUUCUCAACCAAGUGAGAGAUUCAAAGGUAGAAGGCCAUGGCAAGAGGAUGAAGAUAAAGGCUGACUCAAAUGCCUGCACCUGCUAA